UUUUGUCUGUCACUCCCUCUCACACCACCGUGAGAGCCACAGGACACAUGCUGUCCUCCAACACACCCACACACAGACACUGAGAGAAGAGAGAGUAAGAGCGUGUGUGUGAGAGAGUGGAGAGACAGACAGAGAGAGAGAGAGAGAGAAGGAAAGAAUAAGAGAGAGAGAGGGAGAGAAACGGAAGGGUUUUGUGGUCUCUCCUGAGGAGCUGCUGGUGAAGCUGGGAGCAGGAUGGCUGAUGGAGAAGGAGGAGAUGAGGAGAUCCAGUUCCUGCGAACGGAUGACAUAAUAGUGCUUCAGUGUUCAGCGACCAUCCUGAAGGAGCAGAUCAAACUGUGCCUGUCCUGUGAAGGCUUUGGGAACCGAUUGUGCUUCCUUGAAAACACUUCCAAUGCCCAGAAUGUGCCCCCUGACCUGGCGAUCUGCGCCUUUGUGCUGGAGCAGUCGCUCUCGGUGCGAGCUCUGCAGGAGAUGCUGGCCAACACCGUGGAUCUGAGUGAGGCAGUCGAUUUGGACCAAUGGUCCUCCCAAGGAGGCGCCCACAGGACCCUGCUGUAUGGCCAUGCUAUCCUCCUGAGACACAACCACUCAAGCAUGUACCUCAGUUGCCUGACCACCUCACGUUCACUCACAGACAAGCUGGCCAUUGAUGUGGGCUUGCAAGAAGACUCUACAGGUGAAGCAUGCUGGUGGACUAUCCAUCCUGCCUCCAAGCAAAGGUCAGAAGGUGAGAAGGUCAGAGUGGGAGACGACCUCAUCCUGGUUAGCGUGUCGUCUGAGAGAUACCUGCAUCUGUCAAUGGCCAGCGGAGAUCUGAUGGUGGACGCCUCGUUCAUGCAGACGCUCUGGAACAUGAACCCAGUGUGUUCAGGCUGUGAGCUUGCUGAAGGAUUCUUAACUGGAGGCCAUGUUCUGCGCUUGUUCCACGGUCAUAUGGACGAGUGUUUGGCCAUAUCACCUCCUGAUCAAGGAGAAGAUCAGCGCAUGAUUGCUCAGUAUGAGUCGGGAGCCGUGUGCAGUCAAGCUCGCUCUUUGUGGAGACUUGAACCUCUGAGAAUCAGCUGGAGUGGAGGUCACAUGAAGUGGGGUCAGGCGUUCCGCAUUCGCCAUAUCUCCACCGGCCGUUAUGUGUGCCUGGAUGAGGAGAAGGGUCUGAUGGUGCUCGAUCCAGAGAAAGCUAACACCAAACUCUCUGCCUUCUGCUUCCGUGCCUCUAAGGAGAAGGUGGAAGUGGCUAAGAAGCGGGAUGUGGAGGGUAUGGGUAUACCUGAGAUCAAAUACGGUGAAUCCAUGUGUUUCGUGCAGCACGUCUCCACAGGCCUUUGGCUCACCUACGCCGCACUCGAUGCCAAAGCAGCUCGUCUGGGUACCAUGAAGAGAAGGGUCAUUCUGCAUCAGGAGGGCCAUAUGGACGACGCGCUGCUGCUGUCGCGCUCUCAGACAGAGGAGUCUCAGGCAGCACGAAUGAUCUACAGCACCACGGGCCUUUUUAAUCAGUUCAUCAAAGGUCUGGACUCUCUGAGUGGAAAAAACAGGGCACCGGGGCCGGUCACGCUGCCCCUGGACGCGGUGAUUCUCUCUCUUCAGGACCUGAUCCACUACUUCCGGCCCCCGGAGGAGGAACUGGAGCACGAGGAGAAGCAGACGAAGCUGCGCUCCCUGCGCAACCGACAGAAUCUCUUCCAGGAAGAGGGGAUGAUCACCAUCGUGCUGGAGUGCGUGGACAGGCUGAACGUGUACAACACUGCUGCACACUUCUCUGAGUUUGCUGGAGAGGAGGCUGCUGAGUCCUGGAAGGAAAUAGUCAACUUGCUGUAUGAACUGCUGGCCUCUCUUAUCAGAGGGAACCGUUCUAACUGUGCUCUGUUCUGUGAUAAUCUGGACUGGCUGGUCAGCAAGUUGGAUCGUCUGGAGGCUUCCUCAGGCAUUCUGGAGGUGCUGUACUGCGUUUUGAUUGAAAGUCCUGAAGUUCUGAACAUCAUCCAAGAAAACCACAUCAAGUCCAUCAUCUCUCUUCUCGACAAGCACGGACGCAAUCACAAGGUUUUGGACGUGCUGCGCUCUCUGUGUGUGUGUAACGGUGUGGCUGUGAGGUCCAAUCAAAAUCUUAUCACAGAAAAUCUGCUUCCGGGUCGUGACCUUCUGCUGCAAACCAGCAUUGUAAACUAUGUAACGAGUGUGAGGCCCAAUAUCUUCCUGGGGACGUGUGAAGGCUCAACACAGUAUAAGAAAUGGUACUACGAGAUGAUCGUGGACUACGUAGAGCCGUUUGUGACACUCCAGGCAUCACAUCUGCGGGUUGGCUGGGCUCUGACUGAGGGCUACAGCCCGUACCCUGGAGGAGGAGAGGGCUGGGGAGGCAAUGGGGUUGGAGAUGACCUGUAUUCAUAUGGAUUUGAUGGCCUUCAUCUGUGGUCAGGUCAUGUGCCUCGUCAGGUAGCAUCACCCAGUCAGCACAUCCUGGCAGCAGAUGACGUUGUGAGCUGCUGUUUGGAUCUGAGCGUGCCCAGUAUCUCUUUCCGCAUUAAUGGACAUCCUGUUCAGGGCAUGUUUGAGAACUUCAACUUGGACGGCCUCUUCUUCCCUGUUAUAAGCUUCUCAGCUGGAGUCAAAGCUCGCUUCCUCCUGGGUGGUCGUCAUGGCGAGUUUAAGUUCCUCCCUCCUCCCGGCUAUGCUCCGUGCUAUGAGGCCCUCCUGCCCAAAGAGAGGAUGCGCAUUGAGCCUAUUAAAGAGUACAAGCAUGACUUUGACGGAGUCCGAAACUUUCUGGGCCCCGUUGAGUCCCUCACACACACCUCAUUUACACCCUGUCCUGUAGACACUGCUCAGAUCGUGUUGCCUCCUCAUUUGGAGCGAAUCAGGGAGAAGCUGGCUGAGAACAUUCAUGAGCUGUGGGCUGUCACGCGCAUCGAGCAGGGCUGGAUCUAUGGAGUGUUCCGAGAUGAUAAUAAGAAACUACACCCAUGCCUGGUGGACUUCCAGAGCCUGCCAGAACCAGAAAGAAACUACAACCUCCAGAUGUCUGGAGAGACUUUAAAAACACUCCUGGCUCUGGGCUGCCAUGUGGGUAUGGGGGAUGAAAAAGCAGAAGAAAACCUGAAAAAGAUCAAACUGCCCAAAACGUAUGUGAUGACCAGCGGGUAUAAGCCAGCCCCUCUGGAUCUCAGCCAUGUAAAACUCACACCCAACCAGAACCAGCUGGUUGAGAAGCUGGCAGAAAAUGGUCACAAUGUGUGGGCUCGAGACCGAGUGAGGCAAGGUUGGACCUACAGCAUUGUACAGGACAUCAUGAAUAAGCGCAACCCUCGUCUGGUCCCGUAUAACCUGCUGGACGAGAGAACCAAGAAAACGAACCGUGACAGUGUGAACAACGCUGUGCGCACCCUCAUUGGCUAUGGAUACAACAUCGAGCCCCCAGACCAGGAGAGCAGUGGUCAUGCGUUGGACAACACCCGGGGAGAUAAGGUGCGCAUCUUCAGGGCUGAGAAGCAGUACGCUGUGACCUCAGGAAAGUGGUACUUUGAGUUUGAAGCGGUGACCACUGGAGAGAUGAGGGUGGGCUGGGCUCGGCCCAACGUGCGAGCAGGAACCGAACUGGGAGCCGACGAGUUGGCCUACGUCUUUAAUGGAAACAGGGCUCAGCGCUGGCACAUUGGAAACGAGCCGUUUGGCCGGCAGUGGCAGUCGGGGGAUGUCGUGGGCUGUAUGAUCGACCUCGUAGAGAUGAACAUCAUGUUCACUCUGAAUGGGGAGAUGCUGAUUAGUGACUCUGGGUCAGAAAUGGCCUUUAAAGACAUUGAGAUUGGAGAUGGCUUUAUCCCUGUGUGUGCUCUGGGCCUGUCUCAGGUGGGCCGCAUUAACUUAGGCCAGAAUGUUAGCAGCCUGCGCUACUUUGCCAUCUGUGGACUGCAGGAGGGCUUUGAGCCCUUUGCCAUCAACAUGAAGAGGGACAUCACCAUGUGGUUCAGUAAGAGUCUGCCCCAGUUUGUUCCUGUGCCCCCUGACCACAAUCACAUCGAGGUGUCCUGUGUGGACGGUACAGUAGACAGUGCCCCCUGUCUGAAGGUCACACACAAGACCUUUGGCUCCCAGAAUGCCAACACAGACAUGCUGUUCUUUAGACUGAGCAUGCCCAUCGAGUUUUACGAGACCUUCAAAGUGCCUGCAGGCACCACCCCGCUCACCCGUGCCCUGACCAUCCCCGAGGACGAGGUGCUGGAGGUGGAUCCAGACUCAGACUUCGAGGUGCUGAAGAAGUCGGCCAGCCGGAAAGAGCAGGAGGAGAAGGAGAAGGAGCCGUCAGUGCCGAAAGAUAUUCCCGGCCUCAAGGAGAACGACAAGGACACAGCAUCUGAGAAAGGAAAGAAGAAAGGUUUUCUGUUUAAGGCUAAGAAGGCAGCAUUGAUCGCCCCGCCUCCUCCUCCUGUUAUUGUGCCUCGUUUGGUGCAGGAUGUUGUGCCAGAUGACCGUGAUGACCCAGAGAUCAUUCUCAGCACCACUACAUAUUAUUACUCAGUGCGGAUCUUCGCCGGUCAGGAGCCCGCUGGGGUUUGGGUGGGCUGGGUCAGCCCUGACUACCACCAGUAUGAUCUCAACUUUGAUCUCUUCAAAGUGCGCACUGUCACUGUGACUGUGGGAGACGACAGGGGCAACAUUCACGACAGCAUAAAGAGGAGCAACUGCUACAUGGUUUGGGGAGGAGAUUUAAUCAGUGGGUCCCAACAGCGCUUCAGCCAGGAGGACCUGGUGGUUGGCUGUCUAGUUGACUUGGCGACAGGCCUCAUGAAUUUCACAGCCAAUGGGAAGGAAAUCAACACCUUUUAUCAGGUGGAGCCCAACACCAAGCUGUUCCCUGCCGUCUUUGUUCAGCCCUUCAGUCAGAACAUGCUGCAGUUUGAGUUGGGUAAACUGAAGAACAUCAUGCCUCUCUCAGCAGCCAUGUUCCGCAGUGAGCGGAAGAACCCGGUUCCCCAGUGUCCCCCUCGUCUGAAUGCGGAGAUGCUGACUCCGGUUAUCUGGAGCCGCAUGCCUAAUCACUUCCUGAAGCCGGAGGUGGGAAAAGUCAGUGAGAGGCACGGCUGGAUGGUGGAGUGCACUGAGCCGCUCACCAUGAUGGCCCUGCAUGUCCCCGAGGAAAACAGGUGUAUUGACAUCCUGGAGCUCUCAGAGCGUCAAGACUGGCUGAAAUUCCACUACCACACCCUGAUGCUAUACUGCGCCGUGUGCGCACUGGGGAACAACCGCGUGGCCCACGCUCUCUGCAGCCACGUGGAUGAGUCACAGCUCUUCUACGCCAUUGAGAACACCUACCUGCCCGGCCACCUGCGCAGCGGCUAUUAUGACCUGCUCAUCAGCAUCCACCUGGAGUCCGCCAAGCGCAACCGCCUGGGCACCAACCGCGAGUUCAUCAUACCCAUGACGGAGGAAACGCUCAACAUCACGCUCUACCCUGACACUGAGAGGGCUCAUGACCUGCCUGGUGUAGGCCUCACCACCUGCCUGAGGCCCAAGCUCCAUUUCUCUCCUAUCAAUUUCGUGGGCACUGACCCCGACCUGUACACUAUCAGCCCUAUCUUCCCUCUACAGGAGCUGAAGACCAAGGCUCUCAGCAUGCUGACCGAGGCGGUGAUGGACGGCAGUCAGGCCAUGCGUGAUCCAGUAGGAGGCAGUGUUGAGUUCCACUUCGUCCCCAUCCUCAAACUCAUCAGCACUCUGCUCAUCAUGGGCAUCUUCAACGACGAGGACGUGAAGCACAUCCUGAAGAUGAUCGACCCCAACGUGUUCGGAGACGCCAAAGAAGAAGAGGGAGGAGGAGAGGAGGAGGAGGAGGCUGCCGCCAAGGAGGGGGGAGAAGAGGCGAAGGAGGAAGAGGAGGCAGCGGAGGGAGAGGAGGAACUUGUGGAUGAAGGUGUGGGAGAGGAAGAGGAGGAUGAGGAGCUUAAAGCCCUGAAGAAGGAGGAAGGAGAGGAGGGUGGAGAUGCAGAGAAAUCGGAAGGGGAGAAGGGAGGAGAAAAGGUGGAUGGAGAGAAAGCAGAGGAGGAGAAGGAGGCAGAAGAAGGAGGAGGGGAGGGACAGGAGGAGGUGGAGGAAGCUCCAGAGGAAGGACUGCUGCAAAUGAAACUGCCGGAGUCCGUCAAACUGCAGAUGUGCACUCUGCUGCAGUAUUUUUGUGACUGCGAGCUAAGGCACCGGGUGGAGGCUAUCGUUGCGUUCUCUGAUACGUUUGUGAAGAACAUCCAGACCAACCAGCGUGAACGCUACAACGAGCUCAUGAGAGCCUUCACCAUGUCGGCCGCCGAGACUGCCCGCAGGACCCGAGAGUUCCGCUCACCUCCACAAGAGCAGGUUAUUUUGCUGACUAACUUUAAGAACUGCCUGGAUGAUGAGGAGUGUCCGGUGCCUGAAGAGGUGCGGGACCAACUUCAGCAGUUCCACAACGAAAUCCUGAAUCACUGUGGUGUGCAUGUGGAGGAGGAAGAGGAGGAGGAAGAGGUAGAAACUUCACUGACAGGAAGACUGCUGAAACUGGUGGAAAAGGUCAAGGCAAUUCGUAAGAAGGAAGUGGAAGAGGAGCCCGAGCCGGAGGAAGAGCCCAAACCCAGUACGUUGCAGGAGCUGAUCUCCCACACCAUGAUUCACUGGGCCCAGGAGUCCUUCAUCCAGAACCCAGAGCUCGUGCGCAUGAUGUUCAGCCUGCUGCACCGGCAGUACGACUCCCUGGGCGAACUGAUCCGGGCUCUCCCCAAGGCCUACGCCAUCACCGCCAUAUCCGUGCAGGACACCAUGGACAUGCUGGAGUGCCUGGGCCAGAUUCGCUCUCUGCUUAUUGUUCAGAUGGGCCCAGAAGAGGAGAGGCUCAUGAUACAGAGUAUUGGGAACAUCAUGAAUAAUAAGGUGUUCUACCAGCACCCCAACCUGAUGAGGGCGCUGGGCAUGCACGAGACUGUUAUGGAGGUCAUGGUUAAUGUGCUGGGAGGAGGAGGAGACUCCAAGGAGAUUCGAUUCCCCCAAAUGGUGACGAAUUGCUGUCGCUUCCUGUGUUACUUCUGUCGUAUCAGUCGUCAGAACCAGCGCUCCAUGUUCGACCACUUAUCCUACCUGCUGCAGAACAGUGGCAUUGGCCUGGGAAUGCGUGGGUCUACUCCACUGGACGUGGCUGCUGCCUCCUGUAUCGACAACAACGAGCUGGCUUUGGCUCUGCAGGAGCAAGACCUGGAGAUGGUGGUAACAUAUCUCGCUGGCUGUGGGCUGCAGAUGUGCCCAAUGUUGCUUUCUAAGGGCUACCCAGACAUCGGCUGGAACCCCAGUGGUGGUGAGCGAUAUCUGGACUUCCUCCGCUUUGCUGUAUUCGUUAAUGGUGAGAGCGUAGAGGAGAACGCUAACGUUGUGGUACGUCUGCUGAUUCGUCGGCCCGAGUGCUUCGGCCCCGCCCUGAGAGGAGAGGGUGGGGCAGGUCUUCUAGCUGCCAUGGAGGAAGCUAUUAAGAUCUCCGAGGAUCCGGCCAGGGAUGGACCAACGGUUAAGAAAGACAGACGUUUCAUGUUUGGAGGGGAGGAGCAGCACGAGGAGAACAGGGUUCAUCUCGGAAACGCCAUCAUGUCGUUCUACUCUGCUCUGAUUGACCUGCUGGGUCGCUGUGCUCCUGAGAUGCAUCUGAUCCAGGCUGGUAAAGGUGAAGCACUGAGGAUCAGAGCUAUCCUGAGGUCUCUUGUGCCCAUUGAGGAUCUGGUGGGAGUCAUCAGUCUACCUGUGCAGAUUCCAACCUUUGGCAAAGAUGGUCAGCUGGUCGAGCCCAAGAUGUCUGCCAGUUUUGUGCCAGACCACAAAGCCUCCAUGGUGUUGUUCCUGGACAGAGUGUACGGGAUAGAUAACCAGGACUUCUUAUUGCAUGUCUUGGAGGUGGGCUUCCUGCCUGACAUGAGGGCUGCAGCCUCUCUGGACACGUUGGCGUUCAGUACCACAGAGAUGGCGCUGGCUCUGAACCGGUACCUGUGUUCUGCUGUGCUGCCUCUGCUCACGAAGUGUGCCCCCCUGUUCGCCGGCACAGACCACCGAGCCAUCAUGAUCGACUCCAUGCUGCACACCAUAUACAGGCUCUCCCGUGGCCGAGCCCUCACCAAGGCCCAGAGGGACGUCAUCGAGGACUGCCUCAUGUCCUUGGUCAAGUAUCUACAUCCAUCCAUGCUGCAGCAUCUUCUUAGGAGGCUUGUGUUUGAUGUGCCAAUCCUCAAUGAGUAUGCCAAGAUGCCCCUGAAACUGCUGACAAAUCACUACGAGCGCUGCUGGAAGUACUACUGCCUCCCCAACGGCUGGGCCAACUUCGGCAUCACAUCAGAGGAGGAGCUGCAUCUGUCACGAAAACUUUUUUGGGGAAUCUUUGAGUCUUUGGCACACAAGAAAUUCGAUGCAGAGUUGUUCAAAAUUGCCAUGCCCUGCAUCUGUGCCAUUGCUGGUGCCAUUCCUCCAGACUAUGUAGAUGCAAGCUAUUCUGCCACAGAGAAGAAAGCCACAGUUGAUGCUGAAGGAAACUUUGAUCCCAGACCUGUGGAGACCACCAACACCAUCAUUCCAGAGAAACUGGACGCCUUCAUCAACAAAUAUGCAGAGCACACACAUGACAAGUGGGCUUUUGAGAAGAUCCAGAACAACUGGACUUACGGAGAAACGAUGGAUGAAAAUGCCAAGACACAUCCCAUGCUUCGGCCAUACAAGACCUUUUCUGAGAAGGAUAAAGAAAUCUAUCGCUGGCCCAUUAAAGAAUCCAUUAAGGCCAUGCUGGCCUGGGAGUGGACUCUAGAGAAAGCCCGUGAUGAAGGAGAGAAGGCGGAGAAGGCUGCAGCUGCUGCCACCACCAGGAAGAUCUCCCAGACUGCUCAGGCUACAUAUGAUCCUAGCCAGGGUUACUCUCCCCAGCCAAUAGACUUAACCACCAUGGCUCUGUCCAGAGAGCUGCAGUCUAUGGCAGAGCAGCUGGCUGAGAAUUACCACAACACCUGGGGCAGAAAGAAGAAGAUGGAGCUUCAAGCCAAAGGUGGCGGAACCCAUCCUCUGCUCGUUCCUUACGACACUCUGACGGCUAAAGAAAAAGCCAGAGACAGAGAAAAAGCCCAAGACCUGCUGAAAUUCCUUCAGGCUGAAGGAUAUGCUGUCACCAGGGGUCUGAAGGACAUGGAGCAGGAGAUUUCGUCCAUCGAGAAGCGUUUUGCUUAUGGUUUCCUCCAGAAGCUGCUGAAGUGGAUGGAAAUUGCUCAGGAGUUCAUUGCUCAUCUGGAGGCUGUUGUGAGCAGUGGUAGAGUGGAGAAAUCUCCUCACGAGCAGGAGAUCAAAUUUUUCGCUAAGAUUCUGUUGCCUCUGGUGAACCAGUACUUUAAGAACCACUGCCUGUACUUCCUCUCCACUCCUGCUAAAGUGCUGGGAAGUGGUGGCCACGCCUCCAAUAAGGAAAAAGAGAUGAUUGCAAGUAUCUUCUGUAAGUUGGCUGCUCUAGUGAGGCACAGAGUUUCCCUCUUUGGAACUGAUUCUGGUGCAGUAGUUAACUGCCUCCACAUUCUCUCCCGGUCACUGGAUGCCAGGACUGUAAUGAAGUCCGGCCCGGAGAUUGUGAAGGCUGGCCUGCGCUCCUUCUUCGAGAGUGCUGCUGAUGACAUUGAGAAGAUGGUUGAGAACCUCAAACUGGGAAAAGUGUCCACCAAAAGCCAGGUUAAAGGCGUGUCUCAGAACAUUAACUACACCACCAUCGCUCUGCUCCCAGUGCUCACUUCACUGUUCGACCACAUUGCUCAGCACCAGUUUGGAGAUGAUGUGAUCUUGGAUGACUUGCAGAUAUCUUGCUAUCGCCUCAUGUGCAGUAUCUACUCUGUGGGCACUGUUAAGACCCCUCAUGCUGAGAAGAUGAGGCCGGCUCUUGGGGAGUGUUUGGCUCAUUUGGCUGCUGCCAUGCCUGUGGCCUACCUGGAACCCUCCCUUAAUGAGUUCAAUGGCUUCUCUGUCUACACCACCAAAACACCAAGAGAAAGAGCGAUCUUGGGUCUGCCUGAUCAGGUGCAGGAGUUGUGUCUGGACAUCCCUGAGCUGGACGUGCUGAUGAAGGAGAUCGGACACCUGGCAGAGUCAGGAGCUCGCUAUACUGAAAUGCCGCAUGUGAUAGAAAUCACUCUGCCCAUGCUGUGUAACUAUCUUCCCCGCUGGUGGGAGAGGGGGGUGGAGAACUUCCCUGAACAGGAAGGACAGCUGUGCACUGAUGUCACCUCCGAACAACUCAACCAGCUGUUGGGCAGCAUCAUGAAGAUCGUGGUCAAUAACCUAGGCAUUGAUGAGGCCUCCUGGAUGAAGAGAUUAGCUGUGUUCGCCCAGCCUAUUGUAAGCAGAGCCAAGCCAGAAAUGCUGAAGUCUCACUUCAUCCCCACCAUGGAGAAGCUGAAGAAGCGCUCAGGGAAGGUGGUGGCUGAGGAGGAACAGCUGCGCAUGGAGGGGAAGACGGAGGUGGACAGUGAGGGAGGAACUAUCCGUGAUGAAUUUGCUGUGCUCUGCAGAGAUCUCUACGCCCUCUAUCCACUGCUCAUCCGCUAUGUGGACAAUAACAGGGCGAGGUGGCUGACCUGCCCAGAUCCUGAUGCUGAAGACCUCUUCAGGAUGGUGGGGGAAGUUUUCAUUUUUUGGUCCAAAUCUCAUAACUUCAAGCGUGAGGAGCAGAACUUUGUGGUGAUGAAUGAGAUCAAUAACAUGUCCUUCCUCAUGGGUGACAGCAAGAGCAAGAUGAGCAAGGCUGGGGACGGAGAGGGUGGUGGUGCAGACGCAGAACGUACGAAGAAGAAGCGACGCGGCGAUCGCUACUCUGUGCAGACAUCACUGAUUGUAGCAGCUCUGAAGAAACUGCUCCCCAUUGGUCUGAAUAUGUGCUCCCCUGCAGACCAGGAGCUCAUUAACUUGGCCAAGAUCCGCUACUCUCUGAAAGACACAGAUGAGGAAGUGAGGGAAUUCCUGCAGAAUAACCUGCAUCUACAAGGCAAGGUGGAGGACCCCUCCAUGCGUUGGCAGAUGGCUCUGUAUAAAGAGACUUCAGGCAAAGCAGAAGAUGCUGAGAACCCAGAAAAAGUUGUGAAGAGAGUACAGGAGGUAUCUGCUGUGCUGUACCACAUUGAAGUGACUGAACAUCCUUUCAAAUCCAAGAAAAUGGUUUGGCACAAGCUGCUGUCCAAACAGCGCCGCAGGGCCGUCGUGGCCUGUUUCAGGAUGACGCCCCUCUACAACAUCCCGAGACACCGGGGAUCCAACAUGUUCCUGAAUGGGUACAAGCGCAACUGGUUAGAAAACGAGGGAUACUCCUUUGAGGACAAGAUGAUUGAUGAUUUAUCUAAAACGUUGGAGGAGGAAGAAGAGGAGGAAGAGGAGAAGGAAGCAAAGCCAGACCCCCUGCAUCAGCUCAUCCUUCAUUUCAGCCGCACAGCUCUCACAGAGAAGACAAAACUGGAUGUGGAUCAUCUCUACAUGUCAUAUGCUGAUAUUAUGGCGAAGAGCUGUCACAUUGGUGAGGAGGACGAAGGGGGAGAGGAGGAGGGGGGCGAGGAGCCAUCCUUUGAGGUGCGACAGACAGAGAUGGAGAAGGAGAUGGAGAAGCAGAGGCUUCUGUACCAGCAGUCCCGUCUGCACGACCGCGGAGCAGCUGAGAUGGUUCUGCAGAUGAUCAGUGCCUGCAAAGGUGAACCUGGAGCCAUGGUAUCUUCCACUCUAAAACUGGGCAUCUCCAUCCUCAACGGAGGCAACAGUGAUGUCCAGCAGAGAAUGCUGGAUUACCUGAAGGAUAAAAAGGAUGUGGGCUUCUUCUUGAGCCUGCAGGCUCUAAUGCAGACCUGCAGUGUUCUGGACCUGAAUGCAUUUGAGAGACAAAACAAAGCUGAAGGGCUUGGGAUGGUUUCAGAGGAGGGCACAAAUAUGAAGCUAGAACGGGAUGAGAAGGUCAUGGCAGACGACGAGUUCACGUGCGACCUCUUCCGCUUCCUGCAGCUGCUUUGCGAGGGCCACAACAACGAUUUCCAGAAUUAUCUGCGUACACAAACUGGCAGCACCACCACCAUUAAUAUUAUCAUCUGCACUGUGGACUACUUGCUGAGACUGCAGGAAUCAAUCAGUGACUUCUACUGGUAUUACUCUGGGAAAGACAUCAUUGAUGAACCAGGCAAGAGGAACUUCUCCAAGGCCAUGACCGUCGCAAAGCAGAUCUUCAACAGCCUGACAGAAUACAUCCAGGGUCCGUGCACUGGGAAUCAGCAGUCACUGGCUCACAGCAGACUGUGGGACGCUGUGGUGGGCUUUCUCCAUGUGUUUGCACAUAUGAUGAUGAAGCUGGCACAGAUGCACCCCGAUCAAGGACUCCGAAAUGGCGAUACUUUCUGGAGUAGAACACACUCUGAGGAUUCCAGUCAGAUUGGUCUGCUGAAGGAACUUCUGGAUCUCCAGAAAGAUAUGGUCGUAAUGCUGCUCUCUCUACUGGAGGGUAACAUCGUGAAUGGCACUAUUGCUCGCCAGAUGGUAGACAUGUUGGUCGAGUCGUCCAGCAACGUGGAGAUGAUCCUCAAGUUCUUUGACAUGUUCCUGAAGCUGAAGGACAUCGUGGCGUCAGACGCCUUCAUGGAUUAUGUGACAGACCCGCGUGGCCUGAUCUCUAAAAAAGACUUCUCCAAGGCUAUGGACAGCCAAAAGCAGUACUCUCCCUCCGAGAUCCAGUUCCUGCUCUCUUGCUCAGAGGCGGACGAGAACGAGAUGAUCAACUUUGAAGAAUUCGCCAAUCGCUUCCAAGAGCCAGCGAAGGACAUCGGCUUCAACAUCGCCGUGCUGCUCACCAACCUUUCCGAGCACGUCCCUCACGACACGCGCCUGCAGAACUUCCUGGAGCAAGCGGAAAGCGUGCUGAACUACUUCCGCCCCUUCCUGGGCCGCAUCGAGAUCAUGGGCGCCAGUAAAAGGAUCGAGCGCAUCUACUUCGAGAUCAGCGAGGCCAACCGCAACCAGUGGGAGAUGCCUCAGGUCAGAGAGUCUAAAAGGCAGUUCAUAUUCGAUGUGGUCAAUGAAGGCUGUGAAUCGGAGAAGAUGGAGAUGUUUGUCAACUUCUGUGAGGACACCAUCUUUGAGAUGAACAUCGCUUCCCAGAUCUCCGAGCAGGAGGAAGAAGGGAAUGGAGAUGAGGACGAGGAAGAAGAGGAGGAAAGUGGUAAAGGUGGAAACGGAGAGGGAGGAGAAGGAGAGGAAGGGAAUGGAGAGGAGGCCGCGGCUGAGUCCAGCUCAGCAUUCGCAGACUUCAUCAAGAGCGUGGUCAACUUCCUCAACCUGUUCACCUUCCGCAACCUGAGACGACGAUACCGCAGACUGCGGAAAAUGACCAUAAAGGAAAUGAUUGUCGGCCUGGCCACUUUCUUCUUCACCAUCUUCGUUGGCAUUCUGCAUUUCAUCUACAGUGUGUGCAAAGGCUUCUUCAUGCUCAUUUGGAACACUCUGUUCGGAGGCGGAUUGGUGGAGGGAGCUAAGAAGAUGACGCUGACUGAGAUCCUGACUAACAUGCCCGACCCGACUCAGGACGAGGUGCACGGUGACCUGCCACCCGAGCCAGGAGCCAGGAAACUUCAGGAAGCAGGAGGCUCAGGAGAGGGAGAGGAAGCUGGUGGAGGAGAAGAAGAAGGAGAGGAGGGAGAGGAAGGAGAGGACAGAGGCAGACCAGGCUUUGAUACACCCGGAGGACUAGGAGAUAUGGGAGAGACCGAGCCAGAAGAGCCCCCAACACCAGAAGGCACCCCACUACUGAAGAGAAAACUGCUGAGUGAAGGAGCUGAGGGUGAGGAACAAGCAGCAGAAGCAGAGGUGGUAGAAGAAGAACCAGCCCCAGAGGCAGAAAAGGCAGACGCUGAGAAUGGAGAGAAAUCUGAGAAAGAAGCCGAGGCUGCACCAGAAGAAGAGAAGGUGGAGGAGGAGGAGGAGAAAAAAGUAAAGGCCAAAGCUAAGAAAGGGAAAGCAGCUGCUGGGGAGGGCUUCGAGCUCUGGAAUGAGCUGGAGGUUCAGAGGAUCAAGUUCAUGAACUACCUGUCUCGCAACUUCUACAAUCUGCGUUUCCUGGCUCUGUUCGUCGCCUUUGCUCUGAACUUCAUCCUGCUCUUUUACAAGGUGUCCAGUAGCCCUCCAGGCGAGGAGGAGUUUGAAGGCUCUGGAGCGUUUGAGGGUUCAGGACUGUUUGAGGGAUCGGGACUGUUUGAGGGAUCUGGUGGCGAGGCAGAAGGUUCAGGAAUGGAGGAGAACGGAGAUGAGGAUGAUGAAGAAGGGCCUGUUUAUUAUUUCUUGGAGGAGAACACUGGUUACAUGGAGCCUGCACUCGCUUUCUUCAGCAUUUUCCACACCAUCAUCUCCUUCCUCUGCAUCAUCGGCUACAACUGUCUCAAGGUUCCUCUGGUCAUCUUUAAAAGGGAGAAGGAACUUGCACGUAAGCUGGAAUUCGAUGGUCUCUAUGUGACUGAACAGCCCGAGGAUGAUGACAUCAAAGGCCAGUGGGACAGGCUGGUGCUCAAUACACCAACCUUCCCCAACAACUACUGGGACAAGUUUGUGAAGAGGAAGGUGCUUGAGAAGUAUGGAGAUAUCUACGGUAGAGAGAGAAUAGCUGAGCUCCUGGGGAUGGACUUGGCAGCUCUGGAUGUCAGUCAGAUGACGCAUGAGAAGAAGCCUGAACCAGACACCUCUAUGUUCACCUGGCUGACCUCUAUUGACAUCAAGUACCAGAUCUGGAAGUUUGGAGUCGUGUUCACAGAUAAUACGUUCCUGUAUCUGGUGUGGUACCUGGUCAUGUCUCUGCUGGGUCACUACAACAACUUCUUCUUCGCCUGCCACCUGCUGGACAUUGCCAUGGGCGUGAAAACCCUGCGCACCAUCCUGUCCUCCGUCACACACAACGGCAAACAGCUGAUGAUGACCGUGGGCUUGCUGGCUGUAGUGGUGUAUCUUUACACUGUGGUGGCCUUCAACUUCUUCCGCAAAUUCUACAACAUGAGUGAGGACGAGGAUGAGCCGGAUAUGAAGUGUGAUGACAUGAUGACCUGCUACCUGUUCCACAUGUAUGUGGGUGUGAGAGCCGGUGGUGGUAUUGGUGAUGAGAUUGAGGAUCCAGCUGGAGAUGAGUACGAGCUUUAUCGCGUGGUCUUUGACAUCACGUUCUUCUUCUUCGUCAUUGUCAUCCUGCUGGCCAUCAUUCAGGGUCUGAUCAUUGAUGCCUUUGGUGAGCUGAGAGACCAGCAGGAGCAGGUCAGAGAGGAUAUGGAGGUACGUCUUUUCUGAACACAACCACACUGU